UUCAGUCACGUGACACGACCUGUCAAAAAGUGCUAACGCUGAAUCGCGUACAUGCGUGGCACCACGGAAAGGCGCAUGCAUAGAUCGAUCUCUAGCUGCACGGAAGCUGCGCAGGGCCUUCUCGUGUGGCGCAGCGUGUAGCUGAGGCCCUCAGCUUUCGUUUGAGCCCACAUACGUCAUGAUGCGGCAAUUUUUUGAACUCACGUACAGUUCGAGUAAAAUCGGCAAGGAUUUUUCGGGCAUUUCACUUGAUUGCACGCAUUUGCCAUGUAGCUCAUCGUCUUCAGCGUCGUAUUUCCUUUCGGAAUCAGUUGUCCUCGUUUGUCCAACACUUUGCGCAUUGCUGCGCAAGAAGAAAUAAUGCGAGGUGUUAUUGAAAGCGAGCCGCGACAGGCGUCCUCCCGGCAGUAGUCCUUGUUCGUCGGAGCCCAUGCGCAUGGCUGCGCAAGAAGAAAUAUUGCCAGGUGUUAUAAUUAUAUUGGAGUCGCAUCGGAGCAGUCGUCCUCUCCUGCAGGCGACGAGUAGGACAGUAUAUACUUCGGCGACUGGACCAAGAGAGCUGACAUCAAAACGGCCUGCUUGGAACAAAUCGUCAGCUGAUCAGCAGGUGGCUUCCAGCGACCAAGAAAAGCAUUGACGGUGAUAUUAUACCAAGAAUCCAGCACACACUCUAUGCACAAAAUCUCUCAUGCUGGAGUUGCUGAAGUUUCAGUAGUCCCAAACAUUUGCAAACGAUGUUCUACAUGUAAUAGUUUGUCGUUUCUUUCCGUCAAAUACGCGGUAAAAUUCUAGUUUGCUCAGUCUUCGGCUCAUUGUUCUUCGUAUUCGUCACCACUUCAGUACUGUACAUGUAGCAACAAUGUGUUCUGGCACUGAAUUAUUGUAGUUACUUUAUCUUACCUCAAAGUCUCAUCUUCUGCUUUUCCAAAGGCUUCUCUGCGCUGUUUUCAUGCUGUUGCGAUGGAGUUGCUAUGGAGUUGCCAUGGUGACCACACCCGAUAUCUUCGUCUGAGCUGCCGGACGGAUGAAAAAUGCGAAGUUUUUCCAAACCAUGCUGUUUCUGCAUUCAUCUGGUUAUUUUGACCUGCUUCCAGCGAGCCUGGUAUUUUGCCACUAUAGACACUGAAGCAAGUCCUACCAAUUUCUGAUAUGCUGCUGGUGCCGUCGAAAUACUGAAAUUGCCGUUAUUCAAUUCUCCGACUUUGGAUGGCUAUAUCUCUGUGCCAAGUUAUUCUUUUUGCUUCAAAUUUUCUGUGGAGUCUUCCUAAACCUAUCUGAAUCGGAUACAAGAAAGAAAUACGAGUAUUUCUGGUUUUGAAAAAACCGCCUGAAGUGCCUACUACUAGCACUAGUACAGCGCUGGACAGAUGGAGAGGACCUUGGAGUCGGACCACGGCCACGAUUUUUGCAACUGCGCUUCCUCUGCAGAAAAGCAUACUUGAUAACUAUUACUUGCCCCCACGUACCUACUUACUAAACCAAGUGUUGUGCGGAGCUUAUCCAGGAUACAAGUACUCACAAUCGCUUUCUGACCGAUCUCAACUGCAAGCCUGCGGAUCAAGCUCUUUCGAACAUCCAAUGAUCCUGGUUCACCCCCUAUCUGUUUGAAAACCGAGAACGCAACACGUCGGAGAUUGCAAAAUGAGGGCCACUGAUGGCCGUGGAUAUCAUGCCCAAAGGUGCACGGCAGCUGUCCUGGGCUUUCUUCUCUUCUCGCUAGUGGUGUGUAGUACGGCAUCUACUAUCACUGUAGCUUCGCCAACUGGACAACCAGCUCUGGAGUCAACGUGUAUGGUAAAAACACUCGUCGCAGCCGGUCUUAACGAGUUCAACGCGAUCGAGUACGCGUCAAAGCUGGGCCAGAAGCGUAUCAAGCAGGAGGCGAUUGUCAGCAACGAUUUGAUCAUCACACACCUACUCCUGGGAGCGACGGAGGAAGAUGCUGGGCUCAUCAAAACAUGUUUGACCGGUGAAUCAGGGAGUUGCCAGAACUUCUCUGCUUGCCAGAAUGGAGGCAGGUGUCGCCUGGACGCUGCUGCACGGACCCAUGUAUGCGUCUGCCACCAAGACCACACGGGGAAGUUUUGUGAAGAAGAUCACAACACACCCAUCAGCAGCUUUCGCGCUUUGCAGGCAACCGUGUACGGUCUUGUAUCAGAGAUGGCACAACUCCGUAGUGAAGCAGGCCAGCUGAGGGAGGAGAACAGAAGGCUGAAGGAGGACACAGUGCAAACGCAGAUGGCCUUCCAGGAGGAAUUGCAACAAUUGAGACAGCAAAACAUUUCCAACGCACCUGCCCCUACACCCACUCCCAUGUGCAGCUGCACAGUAGAGGUCCCGGCCAUUGAACGUUUGCGUCGCCGCUUGGAAAUAGUCGAGUCCAGCACAGAUCGGAACCGGCUUCAACUGGACCGAAAGUCUGAAAGCACUAGCGUUGAGGCGAUGAUGACGGAUAUCAGGGGCCUGAAGUCUGGGUUAGAGGCCAGCACGGUGGCAUUGAGCAAUCUGGAAAGUACAGUUUCCACCCAUGAAGAGUUGAUCACGCGCAAUGCUGACAGGCUUGCAGAACGCAUGGCCAUCCUGGAGGGAACAGCGCGACGUAAUGCACAAAAUAUAGGCCAGCGUGCUUCUGCAGCCUCGGUCGUAGCUCUUGGGCAACGGAUGGUAACAGUGGAGCGUCGUAGCAGUGGAAAUAAUGCUGUGGUUAGUCAGCGAGGACUACCAGAGUUAGGGCUUGUACAGGCGGGUAUGAGUUACAACCGAGGUGUCAUUGGCGAAUUACAGGUGGCAUUGAACAAUCUCGAACGCAAGGUCAACACCCAUGAAGGCUUGAUCCCGCGCAAUGCAGACAGCCAAUCCGUCAAAAGCAUUAAGGACCGUUUGGUUAUCGUGGAAGGACUAGCCAGGCACAACAGGCAGUAUUUGAACCAGCGUGCUCUCAAAGCCGACGUCGUCGCACUCGAGGAAAGGGUGGGGAAUGUGGAGGAUCGCAUCACCGCAAAUGAUGUCAUGCUUCAGCAGCGUGCUCAAGUGACUGAGUUGCGGGCUGUGAAAUCGGACUUAGGUCGAGUGCAGGUGGGCAUGAACCACAACCGAGGUGUUAUUGAUCGCAAGCUACAGUACUUCACUGAUGGAUGCAACCACCGCACACUCGGUUACGCCUACCGUAGCCAACACGAUCAACAUAGCGUGAGGAAUUCAGGUCAGAUAACAACUAUGCCUUUCCGUAAGCAGCACCCAGAGACAGUGCUGCGACUUCUCUAUUCGUGUAAUAUUCGCACACGGGGAGCUGACUCUGCAUCGCGAUGGUACUUCAAGAUUGAUGGUCGAGAGUGCACGUCGCCCAACGUGAUAGACAUGACAAUGUACCAGUCGUCUGCGGACAACACACACGUUCCAGCAGUCCUUCAAGGAAUAUGCACGGCCACAUCAUCAGGCGAAAUCGGUGCUGGAUCUCAUAUGAUCUCAGUGCACAUUGGUAAGGUACCCCUGGAGUUGCUCGCAGACGGUAAUACAAACUGGGCCAGCACCUCCUUUCUUGAGGUGCAAGAGAUGUGCCCGCCAUUCGGGCAAUAGUAUUUGUAUGUUUGUCUGGUUGGUUUUGCUGCACAAGCAUUCUGAUAAUCCAUCCUGCUAACAACUCAUCAUUAUCUACAUGUAGUUCUUCGGCCAAUUCUCUAUCACAUCCAUCACCCUUCCUCCAUUCCCCACCCCAUCGCCACACAGUCCCCAUCCCAACUUCUGCCCCCACUCCAUCCCCACCAUUUUCCCAUCACAUCCCAACCGAGAGUUGGCUGUUGUGGAGGGGCAUAUGUGAGGUGUUUUUUGUCUUAUUUUACUCCGAUAAUGAGCCAGUGAUAGAUGUAAAAAGAAGAGAAGAAAACACAUGAUAACGAGUUAUGCAGCAACUAUCGACAACUGUAACAAGAUGAUAAACAGUCAGAAAGUGCGAUAAUAGGGCAAAAAACUGACAAGCUACUGAGAAAUUCAGAAGGGAAUGUGAGCGUCUUCGGUCCUACGUAACCAUGCAUGAACAUUCUAAGUUGGAAGGCUGCUGGUUUGCGCACUGGAGAUGUGUUAGAGCUAGGUCUCCGGUAGCGGAAUGUCUCAGUAGCCUGUCAGUGUUGUUCCCUAUUAUUGCACUUUCUGACUGUUUAUCAUCUUGUUACAGUCGUGGAUAGUUGCUGCUUAACUCGUAAUCAUUUGUUUCUUCUCUUUCUUAUGUUUUAAAUUGUAUUUUAAUCUGUGUCCUUUUCUGGUUUUCUGGUUUUGAAUUUGUAUUGCAUGUUUAUCCAUUGUUUUUCUUUUGCCCGUACAAGAGGCUUGUGUUACUAUCA